GUUAGCACGAGGCCCGCGAUCGGGCAGCACGCAUUCAGUCGCGGUCACACUCUUUCACAACCUUUGUUUUCUUUCUCUCUCUCUCUCUUUCUCCAUCUCUGCGCGACUAUCGCGUCAUUAUCGCUACAUUAGUGUAGCGACAUCGCUUUAAAACGAUCAGACAUUUUUCUACGAGUGUUCUUCCCGCGUGUCGCCGUAUUACUCUUUUAUUAUUUUAUUAUUUGUGUGUGCACGUGUCAUCGCUUCUUGCUAGCGGAUUUAUUACACCGCAUACACGAGCAAGCCCGGAUUUUCGUGUCUCGUUCAGUGCGCGUCAGUGUUUUCUCAUUUUUCGUCGAGAGUGAUAGAACUGGAUUUUUCGUCACUUCUACUACGAAUAUAAUCGUCUGAAGAGAGAGAGAGAGAGAAAGAGAGAAGUAGAAAGCGAGAGUGUGAGAGAGACCGCGUCGAAGAGGACCGUACGAGACACCGAUGAAAUAGAGGAUCGAGGGAGACGACGAAACGAGCCAGGAACAAGGAGAACGACCGAGUAGGAAAAGCAGGGCCAAAGCUCUUGGCCGGUAAUGGCCGAUCGUGAGAAGCGAACGAUCGAGGUUUUCGGGCGGGAUCACCCGGCGCGAAAUUCGAUAGGUCCGUCGAGCUCGACGUCGCGGCGAUUUUUUCAGUAUCCGAUUUCGAGGGGGAAAAUAAGAGCGAAAACUGAGAGUUCCGAUCGCGAGAAAUCGGCCGACGUUGAAGAUUCGGCGGUGCGUUACAAGGGGCCUGGUGAAAUCGAAGAUCUGAAGCAGUGGGAGCUCGUCCGCGGUGACCGCGGCGCUCUUCGGGUCGUGGAAAAACGCAUCGAGGACAAUCCGUACGAGAAAAUAAGCAACGACGCGAGUUCCGCGUUCACCCACGACUACCGCAGCUUCGAAGAGGAACUGGCGAAAAAAUUCAAAGCCUUUGAAAAAUCGAGCAUCGUUCAAGCCCUCCCGAUCGAUCACGUCACCGUGUCAAACGCCAUGAACGCCGCACCGAAAAUCUCGAAAAAAACCAGCCCCAAUAAAGCCUCGAGGAUCGACAACGAACGCAACGCUCCCAUCAGCCUCGAUGCUAUCCUCAGCCAAAAACGAAAUUUCAACGAUGCCACCGCUGCUGCUGCUGCAUCCUCCUCGCACAACGUUCCCGCUGAUAACUCCCAUGACAGCAACGAUAUGCUCCAACAACUCGAACGACAAGUCAAAGCCAUUGAAUUGGGCACGAUCGAAGCUGCCAGAAACAAAAGUACAAUUGACAGUUGCGAUUUCGAACCGGAAAUUCAACUCCGGUACAGGGAGCACGAGGAUCUCUUGAGGAACGUUACCGACGACGAGGCCGAGGGGGCUCCACUGCAACGCGGUGAAACGACGAGGAACUCGACCGGAAAUGCGGGAAUAACGACGAGACGACACGCGGUCCAAUUGGCGCGUACAGCAUCGGACACGAGGCGCGGAGCGAACCAUCACCAUCAGGAUGGAGAAAUGCCACAGAAGGUUCAUCCGCGAGUACAGCAGUCUCAACGUACCGGUGGAUUAGUUAGGCCGAUCGUGACUAAAAAAGAGCAGCAGCGUGGUCAGCAGGAGCCACCACGGAGGCUCGUAGGACCGUUGAACGAAGCUCUGCGAAAGGCCCUUACGGGCGGGUCUCGUGAUGAGACAGGGGAUGGUGGCGGAUCGUUGAGCGGCGCUUAUCGACUGUCCGCGAAAAGUCGUACCUCGGAGGAGCCCCACAUUGGAAAAUAUAAAUUGCUUAAGACCAUCGGCAAAGGAAACUUUGCCAAAGUUAAACUUGCCAAGCAUGUCCCCACCGGCAAAGAAGUGGCUAUCAAGAUCAUUGACAAGACCCAGCUGAAUCCUGGCAGUCUUCAAAAGCUGUUCCGCGAAGUAAGGAUAAUGAAGAUGCUCGACCAUCCGAACAUAGUUAAACUUUUCCAAGUGAUCGAGACUGAAAAGACAUUGUACCUGGUGAUGGAGUAUGCGAGCGGUGGAGAAGUAUUCGAUUAUCUUGUGUUGCACGGUAGAAUGAAGGAAAAAGAAGCGAGAGCUAAAUUCAGGCAAAUCGUAUCGGCUGUGCAAUAUUGCCACCAGAAGAAAAUCAUACACAGGGAUUUGAAAGCGGAAAACUUGUUGUUGGACAGCGAAAUGAAUAUUAAGAUUGCUGACUUUGGAUUCAGCAAUGAAUUCACGCCAGGCAACAAAUUGGACACGUUUUGCGGCUCACCUCCGUACGCGGCGCCUGAAUUGUUUCAAGGAAAGAAAUACGAUGGGCCUGAGGUUGAUGUUUGGUCGCUGGGUGUGAUCCUCUAUACCCUAGUGUCAGGCUCACUGCCAUUCGACGGUUCGACCCUGAGAGAGCUAAGGGAAAGGGUAUUGAGAGGGAAAUAUCGUAUUCCGUUUUACAUGUCGACUGACUGUGAAAAUCUUUUGAAGAAAUUUUUGGUGCUCAAUCCGACGAAGCGGGCCUCAUUAGAGGUACGUGGUGAUAAGAAUAUAAUGAAGGACAAGUGGAUGAAUAUGGGCUACGAGGAUGACGAAUUAAAACCGUACUUAGAACCCGAACCCGAUUACAAAGAUCACAAGAGGAUAGGAAUCGCCCGAUUAAUUUCUACGCAUAGAAGAUUCGUCUCAAAGGCAUUAGCUAGUAUGGGAUAUACGCGAAGUGAAAUUGAAGAUUCGCUCGGACAGGCAAAGUACGACGAUGUCUUCGCCACGUAUCUGCUACUCGGCAGAAAAACGACCGAUCCCGAAAGCGACGGUUCACGAUCCGGCAGUUCGCUCUCGUUGCGCAACAUUCCGCCACAAGUUGGUUCAGGCGGUGGUAGCGGUAGCGGCGGAGGUACCGGAGGAGCUGUACAAAGUCCAUCGCACAGAGGUGUUCAUCGGAGUAUUUCUGCAAGCAAUCCCAAACCCAGUAGACGAGCUUCCUCUGGUGGUGAAACUCUUCGCGGAGCACCGAGUCCAGGUAAUGCAACGAACCACAAUCAUGCGACAGCCGUAACCGGUGGCACGGUCACCGGAAGUGGGGGUAGUAAUUUCAAAAGGCAAAACACCGUGGACGCUGCUACGAUUAAAGAGAAUAGCGCACGUGUCUCGGCCACGAGACCAUCCGCGCCCAAAAAUAGUCCGGGGCAACUCGAUACCAUGACAAUGUUCAUUCUAGGCGUUGGUACAAGUCCUGGUGGAAAAGGAAGAGCCGCUAAGAGUAAUACGAUAAACACCGCUGUCGGUGGCGUCCGAACACUGACUUCACCGGCUCCUGGCUCCGUUGGUCGUCGCAGUACAAUAUCGUACGAACAAACCGCCAAAACAGCCUCUUCGUCUACGGAAAGAACAAACGACGUGCCCAGCUUGGGCGAGGGCACUAGGCCGACGCGAGGUCAUACCAAGUCUGCGAGCAUCAGUGCAGGUCACCGCUCCUCUAGUGGCGUACCUUCCAGCGACCACUCGCUUCUGGACACUCAACCACGCAACGUUCACAACUCCCUACUCGCAACAGCUGAUCCCCUUAGACAGAGCUUGGGUGUACCACCAAGCAAUAGAUUGGUAACGCCGACGACGCCAGCAUUUCCCAGGAAUGUUCCAAGCCGCAGUACGUUCCAUUCUGGCCAAAACAGGGCACAGCGCAACCACGCUCAGGGUCACACACAUACGCAGGACACGAAUGCGAUAAGCCCGCUAGCGAGGCCAUCCUUUUUCUCCAAACUUUCGUCGAGGUUCUCCAAACGCCCCAUGGAUCCCUCCGUACCUCCCAAGCACCCAGUAGUGAGUGGUGCGACCACUAACGACGAACAAGUAAAGCCCCGUAGCCUGCGCUUUACAUGGAGCAUGAGGACUACCAGCAGUCGAGAUCCCAACGAGAUCAUGUCCGAAAUACGAAAGGUUCUCGACGCUAACAAAUGUCAAUACGAGCAAAGAGAGAGAUUUUUAUUGCUUUGUUCGCACGGGGAUGCGGCAACCGACAGUCAAGUACAAUGGGAGAUAGAAGUAUGCAAACUGCCACGUUUAUCACUGAACGGUGUACGCUUCAAACGGAUUUUGGGCACGUCGAUAGGCUUCAAGAAUAUCGCGAGUAAAAUCGCAAACGAGCUCAAGCUGUGACUGCCGGCUUCCGGCACCCUGGCCAAUCAAGUAAACCCAUAACCCCCACGUGAUCUUUCUCAAUCAGUGGCGAACUCUGAGGAAUUUUACUCGUGCUUAGUCUGGGACUCGGAUUCCGAAUCCGACACUCGUGAAAUAUUCGUAUAGCGGAAUCAAUAAUGGAAUGAAAUAUACACACACGACACACCUUUGAAACAAUAAUUCAAGCAACCAACAAUAACACGCAGAGAGUAGCAACGUCAACCGAGAGAAAGAGAGAGAGAGAGAGAGAGAAAUGAUCAUGGUGAGGGAAUGAAAGUUGAAACUCGAGCUUCCCCGAUGUUGCCACGACAAGCUUUCGACGAUCUUGGAUAAUUGGUAUCGAUUCAUCGCUUCUACUUCGUCGUCGAGACUAAAACAGCAAAGAAACAAGGUGAACCGUUUCAUGAGAUAAAUUUGUCAUAGUUUUCCUCGAAAAAGGCGCAAUUGGGUGAAACAUGAAAAAAGAGAAUGAUCGAGGGAAGCUUAUGUUCGAGCAGAGAUGCGUUUCGUUGAGUUGAGAAAAUAAAAGAGGAAAUCGAACGACCGUUAUGACCGAGGAACAGUUUUAAAAAACGACGCGAAACAGUGGAAGGAAUUCGAUUUUGUAAAGAGAUUUUUGAUCGGUCCUCGAAUGUUGAAACGAGGCAACACACACGAAGAAACUUUUCUCAUCUACAUAUAAAAACAUGUAAAAAACAAUCGAAUUACGGGAUCAGGGUUCACAGUUCGUAGCAGUAUUAUUCGCUUGACGUUUUUACUACUAUAAAAACAACAACACCAAUCUCGUUCUCUUUCCCUCCCUCUCUCUCUCUCUCUCUUUCUCAAUCCUAAUCUGUCUUUUGAUAACUCAACAAAUACUUUGAACUGUCGAAUUGAGAAUUGGAGGAUUGAUCGAAAAAAAAUAGUGACUCAAGACUUUAAACCACUGUCGCUGGAUUCGUCAGUCAUUCGUAAUCUUUCGCUAUUCAUUUACAUUGUUCCAAGAUCUAAUGCCAGACAAAAAUCAUGCCAGCAACGAUCAAAUCCGUGGUGCGAGUUCGAUGGGAUUUUUUUUUCUCUUCAUUAUUCAAACAAAUUCGUAUGUCAUUUUAUUAUGUUCAAUAUGCACACGAAGGAGCAACACCAAUACACAAAUACGCAUUAACGCCAGUGUCAACCGUCACAAAUCAAUUAGUGAAUUGAAUCAGUGAAUAAUAACGAUGUUUAUUAUGAUUACCAUUUUUUGUUUAUUCUACAAUAACAAACCAUUAGUGUGACGGUUACGUAAGCAAGACCGUAGGAAAAUAAAACUUUCGAAAUGCUGCAUAUGGGCUUGGUGAAAAAAGACAAAAAACUUGAAAAGAAGAAACAAACUUCUACUCGAUAUUCUCGUGCGCGGAUAGCAAAUACUAAUCUUAAAUUUAUCACGGUAAAAAUGAAAACUGCGAGCGGUAUGCGAGAGAUAAUUGAAUAAAAAAAUAACGAGAGAUGAAUAAUCUUCGAUAAAUGCCAAGAUCUGCUAUUUAUAAUGCGGAUAUUUAAGGAUUGAAAACCCAAAUGAAAACCAUUAAUAAUAAUAAAUAUAGGUCUCGUAAUUGGCUGUAUCGUAACCUCCUUAUCCUUUCAUCAGCAAGUUGCAUAUUUGUUAUUACUCGACUUCAGGCUCUCGAAGGAAAUAUAAAUUUUCAGACAACAAGUAAAAAGUAAAUGGAAUUACGAUGGAAAUAAGAUUAAUUUAAAACAACAACAAUGAAGCUACGGGAGAAAAUAUAUUAAAAAGAAAAAAAACUUCUAGUGUUUGUAGUGACAAAUUCCAGGCUAGAGUCGCGCUGUAUAUAAUAUUAUAAUAAAGGUACUAAAAGUUAAAAACCAAUAAAGAGAAUGAAACAAGAAAAAACAAAUAAGAAGUCUCAAAAGAAUGCAGUUGCACGUGCACACUGGAACAGCGGAGUCUACGAACGGAAAUAAAAACAUCAACAAAACAAACAACAAGAAGAUCACAAAAACGUUUUAUAUUUGCCUAAUAUUAAUGAGGAUGAAGACGCGAUUGAACAAAACAAAAAACUAAAACAACAACAACAACAACAACAACAACAACAACAACAACAACAACAACAAACGAGGAGAAAAAAAAACUACGUUUUAAUACAUUAGGCAAUGAAUAAUUUAUUUACGAGCUACACAAACGCGUUGAUUUUUUCACAUUUCUAUAAUCUUGCUACGAUCAAUGCCGAGCAAAUUUCUCAAGUGUACGAUUGAAGAAAAAAUAUCUCGAACGAAUGAAGAAAAGAAGAGAUGGAGGAGUAGAAUUUGACGAGAACGUGUUUCGUCACAGUACAGAGCGCUGGAAAUCGAUAAACGACUGAUAGAAACUAAGUAUAAUCGAUGAUAGCUGUCUCUUAGUAAGAAAAAAAUAAAUAAAAGAAAACGAGUCUCGAGUUUAAACGAUUCGGGAAUGAUUCAUAAAACACACUAGAGAUGACGAUAAUUCCGAUGAAUAAGAAUGUGCAAAACAGAAAAAACUAAACACAGAGAAAAACACGCAGAACGAGUGUAUAAAUAUAAAUAUAUGUUUGUAUGUGCAAUUUUACAUGCAUAUGAGCGCAUAAAUAUCUAUACAUGCACACACACACACACACACACACACACACACGCACGCACGUAAAUAGAAACGAGCAGUGGCAUCGGGACUUAUUUUCCUUGGAUGUAACAAUGUGUAUAGUUCCAAAAGAGAAAAAAAAACAAACCUUCGGAUUAAUCCUAUCACUAAAUUCUCGAAUUUGAGAUAAAAUUUGUAAAAUAGGAAAAAGUUUUAUCAAACGCAUCAAUUUCGAAAAAAAUCGAAUGGGAGGAAACAAGAGAAACGCCCAUGAUAUACAGAUAAUAAUUUUAUGCUCAUUGAUGAAGAAACGAAAAAAAAAAAAAGAAAAAAAACAAAAAAGAAAACUUGACGAAAAAAAGAGUUGAACGAAUCACCAUCAAUAGAUUAUCCGGUGAUAAUACGUCACUGAUGGACGCGAAAUUAGAGAAGAAAGAAAACGAGAUAUGGAAGCAGACACGAAAAAAGAAACGAUGAACAAAAAAAAACAUUUUAUUUCCAUUAAUUAUCCGCAUAUAUUGUCAUUUAUGGUACGAUACACGAGACACAUGGACAAUUUCAAGAUUGACGCGAGCGUUCGAAAAAAUGAAGAAAAAAAAACAGCAGCAGCGAUUACAAUAACGUGAUGUCGAAAAAUGUCGAUGCCGUCGUGCCAAUCAGAGGCGACCAUAGAUAUACAUAUAUGUAUACUGAAUAAUCGUAAUUAUUAUGAUUAUCAUUAUAAUUAUUAUAAUUAUUAUUAUUAGUGUUACGAGAUAAGAACCCUUGUAGCAUUAAUUAUGAAUCCCUGAAACACAGUAACACGAGAAGAAGCGGAAGAAGAUAAAGAUGAAGAAACAAAGCCCCAUACACACCAACGUACACGAAAAAAACACGUUAGAUAAAUGAUAAUUAUCUGAUUAUAAAAAUAUACAUACUCCCCCUGCCCAUCCUGCGAUUGUGCUUGCUUCGAAAAAUUAAUGUAUAAAAAGGAACUAUCACGAUACUUGGACGAAGGAAGAAAGAAAAAUCGUAUGGAAAUUAAGGGUCACUCAUUACUCGUAGUAUGUUGAAAAAAAAAAAGAAAACAAAAAAGACGGAGGAGCAGAGAAGACAUGAUUAUUUCUCGACGUUUUCGAAUGCGGGCAGUGAAUAUCCUUCUUCGCGAACUUUCGGUAUUGUGUAAGUAGAAAUUUGUGCCGUUGUUCGCAUCGAGAACCAAAAGAGGGAUCGUUUAAAAAAAAUAUGACAAAACAAUGACAUCCUAAUUCGAAUUUGGCUGUAAAUCAAACAGCCGAAAUUUUAUUAUUCAAUUUUGCGAUUAAAAACUGAUCGCCCAUAAGCGCGUAUAUCAACCAACGACACAACACACACAACACACAACACACACACACACACACACACACACACACACACACGCACACGCACACGCACACGCACACGCACACGCACCUCAGUUCUGUAGAUAAGUACAUACAGCUUUGCUAAGUGUUUUCUGGUGAUCGGUAUCUAGCCAAAAUGUAGCAGAACAAAAAAAUAUGAAAAAGAAACGUUUAUAAUAAAAUGGUAACACGUAUUGUUUUCUAA